AGCUGUGCUUGCUACAAGUAUCACAUUGCUGGCAGGCUGGGGGGCAGUGUGAGUGUGAGUGUGAGUGUGGUACACAGAUGGCAUGAAUGGCACUUCUCAUGGACUGAGGGGUGAGGGCACUCCUGCUUUCUUUAUAUCUGCUGACCUCCUGCAGGACUGGCUCAGGAUCUCUCCCAUUCCCUCCAAGCCUGAGGUUAAUAGUGUCUGUGCUACUUCUUGUAGGAGCUGCUGAUACAUUGUGUGCAAUCUGCCAUCUCUCUGCCAGCAGUCACUGUGUGAGUGAGUGAGUGAGUGUGGGUGUGAGUGUGAGUGUGUGUUUAACCCCUUCCUCGCCCCUUGGAUUCUGUACAAUGCUGAAGGUUUUAACAAAGAAACUAAAGAACCAGAGUUUAAGUGAGAUUCAGCCCUUUCAACUCAAGAUUUCAUACACCCCGAGCGAUGAGGACGACAGUGAUGAUUGUGAAGGAGAAAAUCAGGAACUUGCACAAAUUGACAAAGAAAGAAGACGGAAUUGUAUCUUGACCCCACUGGCAACGAACCAGCAGCAGAACCAGGAAAACCAGUGCUGUAAAGUGCGUGCGCUGUUCCACCCCAUUCUUGACCGCCACAGCUCUGAGGAGGAGCUAGAACGAAUCAGUAGGGAAUUUGCCGCAGAAAAACGCAAAUGGUCGCAGGUCAGCAGACUAAGUUGCCAUAGUGACAACACAUCAUCUAGUGACGAGGAGGUGAAGCACCUUUGCGGAGUGUCCAUUAGGCCUGUAGAGCAGGCUGACGGCUUCUGUGGCAGUUCCAGUCCAGUUUUGUUCAGUGCCUCUCCACCGAAAAGACUGCAGUCACGGGCUAGAAACCCAAACUCUCGCCCUAUAAUAUUCACCAGCAUGGGGUCCAAUUUUGACCAAGGAAUGCCAUGUAAAAGACACAGACAAGGAUAUGGUGACAAGAUCAGCAGACCAAGUCUUGACUUGGAAAAGAUGCAACAGAAAAUGCUGCUCAAGAAGAAUUGUGGAUCGAAGACUAGAGUAAUUACAAUACGACAUUUGUCCAAUGGUCGCCAACCCCCGCAUUAUGUCUAUGACCCAGCAAUGUUUGCCUUCCGUUCUCUUAGCACCGUAAAACCUAUUAGCCCUUUAGUUCCCGUUGAAGAGCCUAAAUGUGCCUACUAAACGAAGAUUCGUGUUCUAUUCUCAGGACCUUCGCAGAUCGACCAAUCCGCCUUCAGCAGCACAAACCUGUCUCUAUAAGCAAUAAGGAUGCUUUAAACAGACUGUCUUCUAUAACGUUUUGCUAAGACCAGCAUUGACGACCUGUCAAAGAUAAUGAAAAAAUAUAGUAGUCUGUAUAAAGUUAAGCAAGUAUAUGCUUUUCAAUAUAGUACGUUAGAAUGAAACAAAGGUUGGUGGAUCUAAAGACUGGACAAAGUGGUGGUUUUGGUAAAUUAACACAGAUUGAUUUUCGUAGAAAAUGGCAGAAGUUAACCAACUCUGAAACAAAGGAGUAAAAGAACAAAGGGUUAGAACUUGGGGGGAAAUAUGGAUUAAAACUAAAAAUAUCAGGUUUGCCUUUCUCCAAGAUCUAAAUAUUCAAUAUUUGUAUGUAAGGAAACCUUAAAAAUAUUUUUAAGAAGUCUGGAUGUAAAGCGGGAUUUAGAGAUGGUUAGGAGUAAUCUCGUCCAGUGAGCUAGCCUUCCAAGAUGCCUUAGAGUUUGCUUUCCAUGAGCGUUCUAGCUUUGAAUUAAUCGAACGCGCAUGGAUGGUAGAAUGUAUCGUUGGCAUGCAUUGAGACAGAAUAUACUGUGUGAUCAGUGUGACCAGGAAACAGAUGUUCUGCAGUUUUAAUGAUGCAUGGAUAUUAUUGCGCUACAGUAACCAGAAAUGUUUUUUUUAUUUUUUUAUUGUUUGUGUAUCUUACUGCAAUGCCAUUAACAUCUAACAUGGGAUUGCGUGGCCAGAUCUCCAGGUCAGGAGUAGGUAAUCGGCUACUGUAAUCCUCUGUCCAACACUCAUGGAUCACGGAGAGUAAUCCAUGCAUGUAAAUUUUUUGGCUAACAUGGAACUGCCCCACUUGCCUCAUGAGUCACCUGCAGACAAAUGGUGCUGUAGUUAAAUACAUGCACACCUCCCAAUACUACUGCUCUAGGCAGGGAGGUCCUGGGCUUAGACAGGUGUUCCACCUGCUCUCUGGUGCCUGAUGUAUGUCUGUAUAAAGAGCCAUUCUGGGGCACAUUCGAAGAGUGGAUCAAUCACCAGGGAAACCAAUUAAAUGCUUCAUUGGCUUGUUGUACCUUUCGUGGUUUGACCCAGAAUGUCUCUUUUUAUCCAUAACCGAUCAAGUCUGGCUGUGGAUAGAGUUUGGAGAUGUACAGAAGGUUACCCCAUGCCCCUGGUGGAUGCCUGCGUUGCUUCUUUUUGGAAAUCUUCUUACUAUUGACUUCAGAUAACCUGAUUUAGGAAUGCAUAAAAUGUUUAGGCCCCAUUCCUGGGAUAACAAUCUGCUUCACGUUCUAAGUGAUUCCUCCUUAUUCAGUAACUCUGGAAAUAUUGUGUGUGUGUUUUUUGGGGGUUUUUUUUGUACAUGUCCACUACGAGCUCCUUGUGGCCAUCCCUUACUGCUGGCUGGAAUGAGGCAUUCUAAUCAAUAUUAAAACAUCAACUUAUAGAAUGGAAGUAAAGGAAUGUUUAAAAGGAAAAAAAGCUUGAUUAACCAGUGAAUAUCCAGCUUCUAGAACAAACAACGUGCAGGAGAAAGGAAUGGAAAACGAAAUAUUACAACUCUCCAAGUGUGUGACCUUAUCAAAGCAUUAAACUGUACCUGGCAUGGUGGCACUUUACAGCCAAUAGUCAUUAUAUCACUUGGUCAUCAUUCUAGAAACUGAAUAGAUAAAAUGAUUUAUUUUUUACCUUUUCAGUUGCUAAUUGCAUGUUUUGGCAUAGAGGUAAUCUCGGUUUUAGUGGGUGCUGGUACAAUAGGGAGCCAAGGAACCCAAUGAAUGCACCUGACUCUGUACACUCAU